CUCAACAAUGUGAGGCUGGUGGGGCAAGCUCGUGGUCGCGGCAACAAUCUAUUUAAAUCUGAAAGAUAUACAGAAGCUUGUGCUGCUUAUGGGGAAGGGCUCAUGCGUGAUUCUUCAAAUUCAGUUCUCUACUGCAAUAGAGCAGCUUGCUGGUAUAAACUCGGGCAGUGGGAAAAAUCUCUGGAUGAUUGCAACCAAGCUCUCAUUAUCCAGCCAAAUUAUACUAAAGCUCUACUUCGACGAGCUGCCUCAAAUGCUAAGCUGGAAAGAUGGGCGGAAGCUGUGAGAGAUUACGAGGUUUUGAGGAGGCAACUUCCAUAUGACAAUGAGGUUGCGGAAUCAUUGUUCCAUGCCCAAGUUGCAUUAAAGAAGUCACGUGGAGAAGAUGUUUACAAUAUGAAAUUUGGUGGGGAGGUGGAGCUGGUUUCGGGUCUCCAGCAGUUCCGGGCUGCGAUUUCAUCAUCUGGUGCAUCUGUGGUCCAUUUUAAAGCGGCAUCCAACCUACAAUGCAAGCAGAUAUCCCCUUUCUUGGAUACCUUAAGCACCAAAUUCCCUUCAAUAAGUUUUCUCAAGGUGGAUGUGGAAGAGAGCCCAACAAUCGCUACAGCAGAGAAUAUUAGAAUAGUACCUACAUUUAAGAUUUACAAAAAUGGUAGCCGCGUGAAGGAGAUGGUUUGCCCAAGUCCAGAGGUGUUGGAGUCAUCGGUGAGGCAUUACAGCAUUUAAGAGUGCAUUGCCAUUUUUCAUGGUGCUUCUUUGCCUAUUGCCUUGCAUUCUCUUGCAAUUCCAGUUGCAAGAUCACUCUGAAAACCGUCUCCACUCCCACAUAGAAGGAUUCAAUAUAUACAUGUGACAUAAUCACAGCUACGACAAAAUGCUUUUAUGAGCCGAUUCAGCUAUGCGCCUAUUGUCUGCAGAGGGAAAAUUUAGUCUCCUUUUUUUUUACCCUUGUUUAUUCAUUCAUUCAUUCCUCAUUUCUGUUCAACUUCUUUUCCCGUCCCCCGCAUUCUCUUCCAUUUGUAUUUUUAAAAUUUUUAGCCUUUCCCCUAGGAUAAUCCAUCUUCAGUUGUGAGAAGUAGUGAACAUGUAGAAUUGAUAUUUAGAGAGAAUAGAAGCGGCUGACUGGAUGGCGUUAGAUGAGGAUCAUAAUGUGUACAUAUACGAUCAUACACACAAACCGUUGGAGGCCGAGGAAGGAAUAUUGGAUGUCUAGUGGGUAGUUAUUGGUUUAGUGAAAGAAGGAUGAAUAUGAUUAUGUUUCUUAGCUCAAGCAUUCUAUCAAUAAGAUUUCAAUUCUUUUCCCUA